AUGCUUCUCCAAACCUCAGCUCACCACCUCAACGCCUCUCUCUCAUCAUCCCUCUCCUACUCUCGCCCCCUCCCCUCUAAAAUCCCAUCUUUGUCCCUCCCCCGUUCCAUCAAUUACCAAAGGCUCACCAUCUCCUCCUCCAUAUCUCAAGUUCACAACUAUGGCACUGUCGACUAUGAGAGGAGACCCAUUGUCAAAUGGAACGCGAUAUACCGCAAGAUAUCGUUGCUGGCUGACGACCCAGAGUUGAACGCUUCGAGUGUUUUGAAUCAGUGGGAGAAGGAGGGCAAGAAGCUUAGCAAGUGGGAGCUUUGUAGGGUUGUUAAGGAGUUGAGGAAGUUCAAGCGCUAUGGUAGAGCUCUUGAGGUGUAUGAUUGGAUGAUCAACAGAGCAGAGAGGUUUAGAUUUUCCAGUAGUGAUGCUGCAAUUCAAUUAGAUCUAGUUGGUAAAGUAAGGGGAGUUUCUAGUGCGGAAAAUUACUUCCUGAGUCUGCCAGAUAACUUGAAGGACAAGAGAAUAUAUGGGGCUCUGCUCAAUGCGUACGUCCGGGCUAAAAUGCAAGAAAAGGCAGAAUCUUUGCUUGAUAAAAUGAGAAGUAAAGGUCAUGCAUUGCACCCGCUUCCAUUUAAUGUGAUGAUGACACUCUAUAUGAACCUCAAGGAGUAUGAGAAAGUAGAAUCUAUUAUUUCCGAAAUGAUGGAGAAAAACAUUCAGCUAGAUAUAUACUCGUACAAUAUUUGGUUAUCAUCUCGAGGAUCUCAGGGUUCUGCAGAACGAAUGGAACAGGUAUUUGAACAGAUGAAGUUGGACAGAACCAUUAAUCCCAACUGGACCACAUUCAGCACUAUGGCUACAAUGUACAUCAAGAUGGGGCUAUUUGAAAAGGCUGAAGCUUGCCUGAAGAAGGUUGAGAGUAGAAUUACAGGUCGGGAUCGGAUUCCUUACCAUUAUCUUUUAAGCCUUUAUGGCGGUGUUGGUAACAAAGACGAGAUUUAUCGGGUAUGGAAUGUGUACAAAUCAAGUUUUCCCAGUAUCCCGAAUUUGGGUUACCAUGCUAUUAUCGCUGCUCUAAUCAGAGUAGGUGAUGUUGAAGGGGCAGAAAAGAUUUUUGAGGAAUGGCUGACAGUUAAGCCAAGUUAUGACCCUAGAAUUGUCAAUCUUUUCAUUGUUUCUUACAUAGAAGAAGGGGAUUUUGAUAAAGCCCAGAGUUUCUUUGACAACAUGGUUGAAGCAGGAGGAAAACCUAAUUCUAGUACAUGGGAGGCUCUAGCUGAAGGGCAUAUUGAAGAGAAGAGAAUCUCUGAGGCAUUAUCCUGCUGGAAAGAAGCUUUUAUGGCUGAGGGAUCAAAGAGUUGGAGACCAAAGCCCGUUAAUGUGACUACCUUCUAUGAAUUCUGUGAACAAGAAGGCGAUUUAAGAAGCAAAGAGAUCUUUUUGGGAUUGUUGAGGCAGUCAGGACAACUCAAAAAUAAGUCAUAUGCAUUACUUGUUGGCUUAUCUGAUGAAGAUUCCAGUGAUAAUGAUAUAUCAUUAGAGAAAGAUAGUAUUAAUGAUAACCAGGACGGUGAUGAGAAGUCAGAUGAUGGGUCUGAUAUGCUUUUGAACCAAUUGCACAGUACCCUGUGAUACAUUUUCAAGGUGCAGGGAGAGAUUUUCGCAGAAAUGGCUGAUUUAGAGUUUCAGAUAGCAUCCUACCUUGCAUGGUAGUGAUGAGUGCCACGUCCACAAACCGCCUGUAGUGCUGAAUAUAUUGCCAAGUGCUAGUAGCUGAAUAUUUUUGCCAAGUUCUGUUGGUUAAAUAUCAGAAUGGCAUUCAUACCUCUGCUCUUCACUGCCAAGUGACAUCCUGGUAAUAUGUGGGAUUGUAUGAAAAUCUUUAUCCAGUUUUGAUUAGCUUAAAGGAUUACAAUUUUCACAUGUUUAUGUUGACCUAGCUUAAAAGAACGAAACAUGAGUGAUGGGAACAUAUAUACAAGCAUGAUAAUUUCUUCAAUUUAGCAUUCUCCUUUUCAGUUUGUGUAACUUGUUGUGAAUUUCCAUCUAUGAAUAGCUUGCUUAUUUUACUUGUAGAC